AUGGCUGAGCCACGAACUCCACCCGGCACUGUCCACCUCGUGGACUUGAACCACGAUAUGCACGCUCGCCAUCUGGGCGGUGCUAGCGAUAUUGUCCUGAACCCGACGCCUUCCCCUGACCCCAAUGAUCCUCUCAAUUGGGCUCCUCGUCGCAAGCUGCUCGCCUUGAUCUGCCAGAACCUUUACACCUGGUUCUGCGGAAUUGCGGUAUCUACUGUUUAUUCCGUCCUUGUGCCCCUUUCAACGGCAUCCGGUGUGUCCAUCUCGACCCUCAAUGAGGGAACCGGCUACAUGUUUCUACUCUUGGGCUGGGGUCUCUUGUUUUGGCAGCCUUUCUCGCUGCGAUACGGCAAGAGAUUAACAUAUCUCAUUUCGAUCCUCGGUGCCAUCGGUACCUGCAUCUGGAGUGCGUACGUCAAGAGCAAUGGCGAGUGGCUGGCCAGGUGCAUCAUCCAAGGCUUCUUCAUUGCGCCCAUAGAGGCCCUUCCUGAAAUCUCUGUCACUGACAUUUACUUUACUCACGAACGCGGUACCUACAUGGGAAUCUACUCCUUCGCCCUCGCAGGCAGCAACUACUUCGCGCCCAUCAUCUGCGGCUUCAUCGCCGAAUACCAGGGCUGGCGAUGGGUCUUUUACUGGCCUGCCAUCUUCCUCGCCUUUGUCUUUGUCUUUCUGUUCCUCUUCAUAGAGGAGACCAACUAUAACCGCGUGAGCCACCCUGUGAAAGAGACUGGAAGAACCUCCAUGGCUGAGACAGGCGAAGUCUACGCCGCCCCAAAGACGUUUAUCCAGAAGAUGUCUCUUUGGCAACCCUCGCCAGGCCAAAACAUGCUCAAACGUGCGGUUCGGUCUCUCUCGUUCCUCAGCUGGCCCGUCAUCUUCUACGCUGGCUUCUCCUACGGCUCGUACCUCAUCUGGUUCAACGUGCUCAAUGCAACAUCUUCCAUCAUCCUCUCUGGCGAACCUUACAACUUCAAAUCUUCCAUGGUUGGUCUGAGUUACACAUCUUGCUGCAUUGGCGUCAUCGUUGGAGCUCUCGUUUCGGGUAACUUCAGCGACUGGCUGACCAUCAAGCUUGCCCGUCGUAACAACGGAAUCAUGGAAGCAGAGCACCGACUGUGGCCUUUUGCUAUCUGUGUUGUCAUGGUUCCUGGUUCUUUGAUCCUCUGGGGCGUUGGCGCUCAGCAUGGUGUUCAUUGGUUUGGCCUCGUCUUCGCCAUGGGUUGCCUCGCCUUUACCAGCGCCGUCGGUGUCACCCUCAGUGUCAACUACCUAAUUGACAGCUAUCACGACAUUAGUGGUGAUGCCAUUGUCACCGUCAUUCUUGUACGCAACACAAUGUCAUUUGCCAUCAGCUACGGUAUUACUCCAUGGUUGACAGACCUCGGUUACCAGAAUUGUUUCAUCUCGGCUGCGUUUGUUGGAAUGACGGCUUCUCUAGUCUUUGUUGUCAUGAUCAUAUAUGGAAAGUCGCUCAGGAUCAAGAGUGCGGACAAGUAUGAGGAACUGGUCAAGCGGGAUCAGGCUCAGUGGGAGCACCGAUAA